UGAACACGCCUCUCUCUGUGGUCUGCAACUCCGCCUCUGCGACUCCACCUCUCCUUCGUUCAACAUUGACUCAUCUUCUUCGAAUCUUGACCCAGCACCACAAGGAAGCAGCUGAAUGGAGGAUCAAACCAUUUCCUUUGUUUGAUAGACUUUCUAAUAUCUUUGGAAAGGAUCGUGCUAACGGACAAAGAGCUGAAGCCCCUGCUGACAUGAUGGAAGAGCAAAGCAAUAAUGAAGUUAAUGCUAGUGAUAAUUGUGUCCAGGAAGAUGCAUCUCCUAUGUCUUUAAACAGAGAAGGAAGCCAAUCCAUGAACAGUCAAAAUAAGAGGAAAAGAGCUGCAAGCUCAAGUGAUGAAGAGAAGAUUGUGACUGUAUUGGAGAAAUUAUUUGAAGCAUCUGGGAAAAGGAUGCAAAUGGUGACUGAGGCUAUAAUAAAAGGUAAUGAAGAUCGAUCUGAUAUUGCCAAAGAACUCAAGAAAAUGGGAUUUUCUCCUUUAGAUCAAAUUGCAGCACUAAAACUCAUUUUGGAGAAGCCACAAAAUAUAUCUAUAUUCAUGUCUUUGGAUGACGAUAUCAAGAAAGUGUUUGUUGAGCAGUUGCUUAGUGACAAUACUUGAGGACAUGGCCUAACUAAGUUUGAUGCAUCUAUCUUUUUUGAAACACCACAAAUGAUGCAUUCACAAGAUUGGCUUCAUUUUGGAAACACCACAAAUUGUAUAACAUUUUGCUAGCAUUAAAGCUAGAUGGUUCAUGGUUGUGGGGCUUAUUAGUUUCAUUUUGAAAUUGUGGAUGUUUAUUUGUAUGUAUUAAUGGUAGAAUUGUGUAUAGUGAACUGAACCUCUAAUUUCUAUGUCAUGUAGAUGACUUUGGCAUAUAUGAAGAAUUUCUAACUUUUGCGCA